CGCCCCCUGGUGUGUGGUCUCAGAAUGAGCCUCUACCGGAUUGGCUGAGCGGUUGUCAGGAGUGUUUACAGGAAACAUGGCUUCCCUGUCUGUUGGAGAGCUUCAAGAAAUGGAAGUGGACCGGAGGGGUGAGUCCGAGGAGUCUGGCGAUGAUGAGACCAGGAGGAAGAGUAUCAAUGGCGACGUGGAUCCCACUCAGCCCGCUGCCACAAGUAAAGAAGAGUCUCCUGUUGACAUGGACACCAUAACACUGGACCCCGACGAAGAGGACGUUGAUCUUGUUCAUUGUCGCAUUGGAAAGAUUGAAGGAUUGGAGGUGCUACAAAAGGCUAAAACACUCUCCUUACGGCAAAACCUCAUCAAAAAGAUAGAAAACCUUGACAGUUUGAGCUCAUUGCAGGAACUAGAUCUCUAUGACAAUCAGAUCCGCAAACUGGAGAACCUGCACAACCUCACAGAGUUGGAGCAGCUUGAUGUGUCCUUCAACGUUUUGAGAAAGGUGGAGGGUUUGGAGCAGUUGACUCGGCUGAAGAAGCUUUUUCUACUUCACAACAAAAUUGGCAGCAUCGCAAACCUGGAGCACUUCACAGGCCUGGAGAUGCUGGAGCUGGGCUCCAAUCGCAUUCGGGUCAUAGAAAACCUGGAUACACUGGCAUCUUUGCAAAGUUUGUUUCUUGGAACCAAUAAAAUAACUAAGUUUCAGAAUUUGGAUGGUUUACACAACCUGACUGUUUUAAGUAUUCAGAGUAAUCGGAUUACUAAAAUUGAGGGUUUGCAGAAUCUUCUAAGCCUGAGAGAGCUCUAUAUGAGCCACAAUGGCGUUGAGGUCAUCGAGGGCUUGGAGAACAAUAAAAAGCUUACAACCCUGGACAUUGCAGCCAAUCGAGUAAAGAAAAUUGAAAACAUCAGCCAUCUGACAGAACUGCAGGAGUUCUGGAUGAACGAUAAUCAAAUAGAUAACUGGUCAGAUCUUGAUGAGCUGAAGAACGCCAAGUCCCUGGAGACGGUCUAUCUCGAAAGAAACCCGCUACAGAAGGACCCACAGUACCGGCGAAAGAUCAUGCUGGCGCUUCCCAGCGUACGCCAGAUUGACGCAACCUUCAUCCGCUUCUAAACUGCAGUAUAAACCUCACCUGCCAACUUCACAGUGUUAUCCCUCACCCCCACCCCCCCUCACUCCCCCGCCUAUAGAAAAAAAACCUUCAUUUUAAAACACUCACUGAAUCAUAUAAUCAAUCCAUAUACACAAAUAUGCAUUCCAACAAUAAACUCACCCAUGGCUCACGCUACAUACAUGCAUGAAGGUAUGCACUCAUUCACACCUUGAUCUAUGCUAUUGUAUGGAAGCUUAUUUAUUUAUUAAGCUGGAAAUGAACUGUGAUGGUACCUGAAUUCCAUCCCCCCAUCCCCCAUCUCUCCUCUGCACUUAUUUUUCUUUUUUGUUUCGCAUCAAGGACACCAUAUGGAAACAUCAUCACCUCAACUACACAGUGCCCAUUAGCAUGAUAAGAAAUCUGUCUCAUUCAUCAUAUUGUUAAAGUUGCACUUCUAACAUGAUAGGAAAACGGUGGCAUUCUCAGUAGUUGAAAGACUUUGUGGGUUAAUUCCUUCUGGUUGAACGGGAUGAGACUGUUCUCAGAUUCUACACAGUCAGUAAAACAGUUAAAAAUCACCAUUAAAGGGAAAGUCCAUGACAAAAAUAUAAUUUACAUUUUUUAAUCUUAAGAAUUCUACUUAUUGUCCCUUAAUGUUGAAUUAAAAUGCUUCAGAACUUCUCCAGAUACCAAACAUGUCACAGAAACGUUUAAAAUUAAGCCUAUCAGGCCACACAGAGACUGUGCACUUAAAUGCAAUUUAGUGGCACAUACAUACAUCCGUCUCUUAUAAGGAAACUCAUAUCAGCAGAAACUGAUGGAUCAUUUUAAUAAACUGGUGUCAUGGGCUCAUUUUCAUGUGUAUUCCUUCCAGACAAGUUGUAAGCCAAAUUUCUGAUCAACAACAGUGACCUGUGCAGUAAAAUAAAGCUCAUGAGAAUGUAAAUUUAUUUUAUAUGUUCAUAAGAUAGUUUUGUAAUCAGUGCUACAAAAAGUACUGAACCAAACUUGGCAGAGGGAUUGGUCAUGGGCCAGGGAAGAACCCAUUAAAUUUUGAUGCAGUUGCGGUUAAAGAGGAGUAUCAUUUUAUUUAACCGCUUUCUUGAACAUUGAGAUGGGGCAGUUUUUACAAUGGCGGAGGUAUGUGCUCUACCGGGUGCCAAUUUUUUUUAUCCCCAAAAAACUGACAAAACGCAAAACUGGACUCACGUGUGAUGUUCACUAAUGUAAGAUAAAUUAAAUCUGCUGUUUGCAGAAAACCCUUAAACACAUUUUGAGAUUAACUGAAGUCACUACAUUGACAGUAUUAUUCUCAUCUGACCCUUGGCGUUGCUUAAAAAGAAAUGCUGAUGUAUAUUUAUUGGCUGUAUCGCUAUUUUCAACCAAUGGUGAAUGACUUGUUCUUCAAGUCUCUUGUAUAUAAAAUGCUUAAGUGCACUUGAUUGAUUCUCUUGCCCUUUAAAAUUAAAAAGGAUCUUUUAUAUUAAACAAAAUUCCCACCUCAGGGCUCAAAUGUCACUUGUCAAUAUGGUACAGAAGCCUCAGAUUUCUGCAAAUUUCCAUGGGGAGUGCUAAACUAAGUGCUUUCUGCAUAAGAUACAGAGGAUUGUCCAAUUCAUUACUUGCUGGUUUUAAGGGGCCGAGAUAAUACUCAAUCUCCCUUUGUAAGUCAGAAAAUAAUAUCUUGGUUUGUAUCAUAGAUGUCGAUAGACGGUUUUAUGAUUUUUAAAGAAAUAGAAACUGUGAUUACAAACUUUUUCAAUGCAACUGUUCAUGGUUAUUGAACAUGACCAUCCCUCAACUGUUCUUGGUUAUUGAACUUGACCAUCCCUCAACUGUUGUAACAUUUAUUAGCCCAUAUCAGACUAUGAGCAAAACUGAUGGACAUUACGAAUUACUGAUCAUCACUGAUGUGAAUGUAAUUUGAGUUCAUAUUUAGGUUUAACUUCAAUUACUUUAUAAUUGGACAGUGGGAUUGGAACUGUCCCUUUGUGUAUUUGUAAGUAUAAUUUAGACAUGACAAGUAGAAAUUCAGUGCCAUCAUCACCUUCUUUUUGCAGUGAUUUUCCUUUUUUUCCUAUUUACGCCAGGCAGCACAACAUAUCAGUGUGAGAUACCGUAAUUAAGAUAACUUGAACUUUUCUGGUCAUUGAAUGAGCAGUUUAUUCCAAUUGCUAUUAGCUCUAUGUUGUUAGAACUGAGUCUUCAGGUUUUGGACUUGGUUGAUGCUGUUAUCUAACUGAAUGUAAUAUGCAAAUAACAAUAAAAAUUACACUACUUAAGUC